AUGGAUAAACGAUAUAAAAAUGAAAAAUGUAAUAUGAAUAAUCUGGAUGAAAAUGAUGUAAGUGAUUUUGUUUUGAAAAAUAUGAAUGAUAUAGAAAAUAAAUCAGAGAAGCAAUUAAAUAUGAAUGAAAAUAUAAGUACGUAUAAUUCCCAUUAUCAAAAUUCAUUAAACAUUAAUUUUAAAUCGUUAAAUAAUGAAAAAAGGGAUUUAAAAAAUGAUAAGAAUGGACAAAAUAAAAAGUUAAAUGAGAUUAAUACCGAAAGUAAUUAUAAUAUGAAUUUUACUAUAAGUAAUAGUAAAAAUUCAUUAAAUAAAAAUAAUAAUAAUAGCAAUGGUUUGCUUAAUGAUUUUAAGAAGAAUAAAAAUAACUUUUUCAAUUCGGAAUCAAACAAUUUUGAUGAAAAAGUAGAUAUAAAUAAUUCUGAUGAGGAAAUUAAUAUUAAUUCAAAAGAUGAAAUACAAGAUACGUUGUUUAAUAAUGUUAAUUAUAACAUAAAUAGUAAAAUUAACUCAGAAGACAAUAAAAAUUUAAAUAAUCAUGUAUAUUCAAAUAUAAACAUCACAAGUGAUACUUAUAAUAAUUAUAGUAAUUUAUCUAACAAUGAUAUAAAUAAAUGCAACUGUAAUAGUACUAAAAAUAGCAACGGUAAUCAAAUGAGUUGUAUAAUAGAUAAUAUGUAUAAAAAUAGAAUCAAUAUUUAUGAUAACUUAAAUAAAUCAAAUAAUAUGAACGUUUCAAAUAAGAAUCUUAAUAAAUGUGGAGGUACAAAUAAUAAUAAUGAUAUAUAUAAUAAUGUAAACAUUUUGAAUAAUUCAAAUAAUAAUUCUUUUAAAAGUUAUGUAAAAAAAAAGACAAAUAAUAUAAAUAAUUACAUAGGUAUUGAUGUUAAUUCAAACUCAGAAAAAAAUUCUUCUAAUAUUAAAAAAAAUUGCUGUAUUAAAAAUUAUAUAAAUUUAGAAAAUAAUAUAAAAAAUAGAAAUGAUAUUGAGUAUUUUAAUUAUAUUAAAGAAAAUAAAAAAGAUGGAACAAAUAAUAUACCAUAUAAAGAUAAAGAAAAUAGUGAUUCUAUUUUAGAAAACAAAAGUGGUACAAAUAUAAUUUUGAACACCUAUAUGAACAAAGUUAAUAAUUUUAACGAAGAAAAUAUAUUACAAAUGAAUACUAACUAUGAUGAAUGCUUUGAAUCUUCUAAAUAUUUAAAAAAUAAUUCUAAUGAUGAUAUAGCUAAAACUUUUUUUACAAUAAAAGAAGAUUGCAAUAAAUCUGAAAAGAAGGAAAAUUAUUUUAAUAAGAUAAGAAACUGUAAUAUUAAUAAUAAUAUUUAUAGAAGUGACAUCUAUAAUAAUAACAGUAAUAUGUUCAUAUCUUCACAUGAGAAUAAUGAAAAAUUACACAAUAAUUUAACUUGUGAAAAAAAGUAUAUGAAUAAUAAUUUUUUGAACGACAAGUAUUUUAGUUAUAUAGAAAAUGAUUAUAAUGAUAAUUCAUUUAACUUGUAUGAAAUGAAAAACAUAAGAAAAAAUGAUGAUGAAACUAAAAUUGAAAAUAGGGAAGAAUUAAAAGAUUUUUCAAAUGAUUAUUUAUUAUUUAAGAAUAAUGAAAACUCUUUCAAUUGUGAUAUUAAUGAUUAUAUUUUAUUAAUGAAUAAAAAUUUUAAGAAUUGUAAUGCCUCAGGUGAAGGCAAUGUAAAAGAAAUGAAAACAGAAUGUAUGACAACUGAUAGUACUAUAUAUACGAAUAAUAUUAUUAAUCCACAUAAAAAUAUAGAAGAAGAGAAUGAUGAAAUUUAUCAAAAUUAUAAUUAUUAUGAAAAUGAAAAUAUUAACACAAUGCAAAAGGAUAUUGAUGAAGAUAAUCUGAAUAAAAAAAUAAAUAUGAACAGUAAUGACAAUAUUCUGAAUGUAAAUGAUAUUGAGAAAAAUUUUGAAUUUGAAGAAAAUUCGCAAUUGCACAAACAUUUAGAUUUAUCUAAUAAUUUAAAUAUAAAUAAAAGCUUGUCAUUUUUAAAUUUUGACGAUACAUUUAAUGGAUGGAAAUGUAAGCAAAAUAAUGAUAAUUUUUUGAAAAAGGAAAAUAAUAAUAUAAAUUCAUUUUUUGAAAAAAUAACUUUAAAUGAAACUAAAAACUCUGAGAAUGAAAGAGAAGACAAUCCUUGUAUUUUAAUGGAUGAUGUGCAAAAUAAUAUAAAUGAAAAAAAUAGUUUCAUAUGUGUUGCUGAUAAUAAUGAACAUUAUGAUAAUUUUAUGAAAAAAAAUUUAAAUAACAUUAUUAUACAUAAGAAUAGCCAUAAUAGAAAUAUAAAUUUUAAUAUUAAUGAUUUUUAUGGAAAUGUUAAUAAUAUAAAUAAUGAUUAUAUAGGUUCUAGCAGUAAUGAUAAUAUUUUAUGUGAUAAUAAUUUGAAUAAAUAUACUAAUGAUAAUCAUAAUGAUUAUAAUAAAUAUGAAGAUAAUAAUAAUAAUGUAGAUAUCCUAGAUAACGAAAAUUCAAUGAAAAAUAAUUCAAGUAAUGUUAUCAACAUUAAUGAUUACAAUAAUUUAAAUAAUGAUGCAAUUAUUAUUGAUUCAAAUGAUAAUGAUAAUAAUUCUAUUUUUAUGAAAGAAAAUGAUUUUUCAUAUAUGAAAUAUAAAAAUGAACAUACUAAAAAUUAUAUAGAUGAAAAUAAUUUAAUCUUUCAUGAUGAAUUUGAAAGUUCAGAUUUAAAAGACAAGAAAAAGAAUAGUUAUGAUAUAAAAUGGACUAAUAAUAAUAUAUCACUUAAUAAGAAAAAUAAAAUAAAUAAUGAAAUUAUUCCUAAUAGUAACGCAAAUAAUGAAGAUUGUAAUAAUUAUUCUCUUUUUCUAAAUAAUAAAGGGGUAUCUUAUGAUAACAAUAAAAAUGAUUUUGCAAACGAAUAUAAGGAAAACUUUGACGAUAAAAGAAUGAAAAGUAAAUAUAACUUAAAUUAUUGUGAUAUAAAUAAUAAUAAUAAUAAUGAUGAUGAUACUAAAAAUAAUUCUAACACUAAUAUGAAUAAUAACAUUAAUGAUAAUGACGAUCACAUCAAUAUGGAUAAUAAUGGUAAUAAUAAUAUUAAUAAUAAUAAUGAUUAUGAUGAUAAUAAUAAUAAUAACAUUAAUAAUAAUAAUAAUGAUGAUUAUGAUAAUAAUACUAAUGCUAAUACUAGUACUAAUACUACUACUACUACUACUACUACUAAUAAUAAUAAUAGUAAUCACCAUAAUAAUAAUAAUAAAGAUGAUGAUUAUGAUAAUAAUAAUAAUAACAUUAAUAAUAAUAACAAUAAUGAUUAUGAUAAUAAUAAUAAUAACAAUAAUGAUUAUGAUAAUAAUAAUAAUAAUAAUAAUGACAACGAUAACAACAACAAUAAUAAUAAUAAAAACGAAAGUAAUAAUAGUGAUAAUAUUAAUGAAGACGAUAUUAAUAAAGUUAAUAUGACCACUAAUAAUAAUAAUAAUAAUGAUAUUAACAUUAAUAAUAAUGAUAAUACAAAUACUAAUACUACUAAUAAUAUUAAUAAUAAUAACAUGAAUAUUAAUACUAUUAAUAAUGUUAAUAAUAAUAACAAUAAUACUAGUAGUAUUACUAAUAAUAAUAGUAAUAUCAGGAAAAAGAAUACAGAACUAAAGAAUAAUUUAUAUAUAAAUGAUUUUAAUACAGAUCCAAUUAAUUAUAAAAAUAUUAAAUUUGAUAAUUUUUCUUAUAAGAAUGAUCUAAUAAGCAAUGAAAAAUCAACAAAUUACUUCUUAAAAUUUUCGUCUAGUAAUUUAUUUAACAAUAAUUUUAAUGAUUGUAAAAAAAAUUUAUUUGAAAAUGAUACAUUUAAUAUUAAGGAUAAGAAAAGUGACAAUUCUGUUAAUUAUUCAAAAUUAAUAAAUAAAGAUAAUAAUUCUAUUAGUAAAUAUUGCGAUAACUUAAAGGAUGAAAAUAAUUUAAAUAUAUGCUCUAAUGGUAUCAGUGGAAAUAAUAAUGACACAAUUAAUGUGAAGUCUUCUACAUUUUUAAAAAGUAACAUUAAUAAUCAUUCUUAUUAUUUAAAUAAUGAAAAAAAGGAAACUUACUGUUUACCUGUAACAAAUAAUAUAUUAGACCUUAAUGAAAAUAUAAAUUUAAUAACCAAUGAAAAAGAAAAGGAAAUUAUAGAUCCUGUUUUUUGUUUAAGUAAAAAAAAUUUUAAAAAUAAUUAUUCUAUGAAUACAGAAAAAUGUAACAUUCAUAACAAUUUGAAUGAUGGGAAAAAUGAUGAAAUAAUGUUUAAUAUUAACAGUAAAUAUAGCAUAUAUAAUAUAAAUAAUGAAAAUAAUAUAUACCAUAUAAAUAAUGAGGAUAAUAUAUAUAACAUUAAUGAUGAAAAUGACAUUUGUGAUAUAGAUAAUGAACAAAAUAUAUAUGAUAAUAUGGAAAAAAUGGGGAAUCUUCAUGAAAAUAUGCAUACUGCAGAUAAUAACUGUAUCUAUAAUGAGAUUAACAAUAUAGAAGAAAAUAAUAACAAUUUAUAUCUUUUAGAAAAUGAGUAUAUAUAUAAUAAUUUAGAUAAUAAUAUAUAUAAUAAUAUUAAUAAUUUACAAAGUAAUGAAAAUAUAUGUGAUAAUAGGAAUAAUAUAGAAAAUAAUGCAAACAUAUGUGGUAAUAUAGGGGGAAAUGAUAACGCAUGUAAUAAUAUUAAUAUAAUUGAAAAUAAUAUGGACUUUAUAUUAGAUGAAAAUGAGGAUGUAGAAAAGGAAUCAAAAGGAAAUGCAAAUAAUGACAAGAUAAAUGAGCUACAAAACAUAAUAAAUAGUUUAAAAUUUAAAAAUAGGCAAUUGGAAAAGGAAUUAACUGAAGUAAAAAAUAUGUAUUUAAAAAAAAAACAGUGUUUAAUAUUAAAUAGUCUAAGUAAUAAGAAUGAUGAUAUUAACAGUUAUUCAACUUUUAAGGAUGAUACAAAUAAUUCUGAAUGUGAAAGUGCAGUUCACUCAAACAAAUAUAUACAGAAUUUUUUAAAUGAUAAAGAGAAGUAUAAUUAUGAUACAAAAAUAUCUAUUCAAAAGUUUCAUUUAGCAUAUACUAACAAUUCAAUUGGAAAAUUAAAGAUAGCAGCACAAAGAGAUAUUAGUGGCUCUUUUAUGGGUCCAAAGGGAAUACAUGUAAAAACUAUAAAAUCUUCUUUACACAUUUCUGUUUACAAAAGUGCAAAAGAUGUAUGGUUUCCAGGAUUUGCUGAUAGUCAUGUUUUUUUAUUAAAAGGAAAUAUAUUUGGAAUUUUAAGAGCAUGUCAGCUAUUAUAUCAUUAUGUAAAAUCAAAAAUGUCUUCUUCAAAAUGUUGUAUUUACUUAGUUGCUCCAUUUGAAUGUGUGCAAAAGUUAUUAGCUGAUGGAUGUAAAAGGAUGGCUAUCAUCAAAGAAGAAUGCGGAGCUGAUGUAAGAUUAGGAAAUCUAUAUGUUCAAGUUCAUGAAGGUUUUACUGAAAGAUUAAUGGAAAUUAGAGGUAAUGAAGUUAGUGUUGACUGCGCAUUGGAAAAGUUAGUUAUUUUUAUGCAAUCAUGUUAUUCUGUACAGUCAUAUGACUACGAACUAUUAAAAUAUCCUUGUCGUUCAGUAUUAAAUUUACAGUGA